AUGAGCGAAUUAAGAAUGCUCUCAGAUGCCGCGCUGCUCGCGGCUGCGGAGAAGUCAAAGGAAGGUGCUAAGACGACGACGACGGCGACGGGAACAUUUCCGCAGAAGCAGAAAUUUUCGACGACGAUGAAGAAAGCACUGCCGCAAUCAUCAAACACGACGAACGGCGGCGACGAUUCGGACGACGAAGAUUACGUAAUUGGGAAUUUAGAGUGGGAUUCCGGUGGUUCUGGUUCAGACGAUUCAGAAGACGACAACGACGACGACGACGACGACGACGACGACUUCUCUUCCGGCGAUGAAGAAGAAGAAGACAGCUCAGACAAAGAAGAAGAAAAAGAAAAAGAAGGGAAGAGAAGAAGAAGGAUGAAGGUAGAACGUUCUGUAUCUGGGAAGCUCAGCUCAUCACCGACGUAUAAAGUCAGAGGAGAGUGCGAAGAAUUGGAGUAUUCAGAAUCGGAGGAAAAGUCAGAGGAUGCAGGUAGCGAUAGCGAUAGCGACGAAAAGAGAGCAAAACGAUACGAAGAACUCGAGGCGGAAAAGUUCUCAACCGUACAAAAGCAAGAGAAGAGCACGAGAGCAGGGGUACGACGCGUUCAAUUUGAUCUUAUCCCGGACAAUAAGCCCGCACAAAUGUACGAAGCGACAAGAGGAGUAGCCAAAUUUGCGAAAUUGCCAGUAGGAAAAGAAGUAUCAAAAGAUAUCAUCAGAGAUACGACGGGAUGGAUCCCGGCGAUAGCGUCGCCGAUGAAGGCGCUUCCGGGGUCUCUCGACUUUUACGAGCGACAAAUAGCUCUAAAUGAUAUCAACGCGCCAAAUGGAGUAAAUCACAUGUCGGGUACUGGUAGUCUACAUUACUUUUCGGAUAGUGAAGACGACGACGUUGGCGGUUAUGAUAACGACGCUUUGAACAGAAGCGCUUCGCGGCCGAGCGCCGGACCAAUCGCAAGAAGAACCCGUGCGCGGUUCAAUAUGGACGACGUUUCGCUUGAUGAACUAGAACAACGGCUGAACACGUUACCAGACGAGAAAGAGAUGAUGUUCACGAGUGAAAAAGAUAUAUACGAGGAUUUCUUGAGCGCAGUUCGUGUCAUAGACACGAACGAUGACGUUGGUCUGUUGGAUAAUAUAGGAGCAAGUGACGGUGGAAAUGACGGCCCGGAUAGGAAUGAGGAAAGUAUAGCAGCGGUGUCGUUUAAUACAAAAGGCGAUAACGACAAUGAUGAUGUUGACGACGACGAUGAUGACGACGACGAAGAUUUUGAAGACGAGGAUGUGCGCGCGCGGGAAUUUCAGUUGAAGUUGCGAGCGGAAAGACGCCGUUUGGAACGAGACUGCAGAGACGCCGGCAAAGAGAAUCGCAAUGUAGAAGGCGAGGCGGGAAAGGGAGUUGGAAAGGUGAUACCACAACACGUGAUACUCGCGACGAGACAAUCGCAGAGAGUCGCGACUAGGAAUGCACAAAAGCUGAUCGAGCUGAAAAGAAAGUCGCACAUGACUAAGAGCCAAGUACACCUUUUGCGCGAUCAAAUAGCUAUCCAUUCGCAACUUCUGGUACAGACGUUUGCGCUACAUGCUUGCGGAGAAAUCAAGGGAUUUUCAACCGAGUUCGAAGGUCCCGCGGAUCUCUCGCUCAAUUCAGAGUUCGUGAAAUGGAAUAAAGACAUGCUUGACGUGUUGAGUUUGAAGUUCAAAGCAAGAAGAGAAUCGGCGGCACUUGUAGUAAAUGUGUUCGAUAACGAUAUGAUUCGCAACGCGGCUCAAUUUAUGGGUGACGUGGAAGAGUUCGCGCGUUCAGUCCGUCCUGAUCUUCUCAGAUUCACGAAAGAAGAAGGUAAACUUUGGAUGUCUCCUAGAGAUAGAAUCAUUACGACAAAGUCGAGACAUAGGCGACCAAAUCUGCACUUCUCGAGAAUAGAUUGUAUGUUCAGAGUGGAUGACAGAACGACUUGUAUGGAUUACCCGGGAGCGAAACGUAGCGAGCACGUCACUGACAUUGCUUGGAAACCAGCAAACAAGCAACUGAUACGAUUAACGAGGGAAUUUGCGUUGAAGACGCGCAUGCAACGAAGUUAUUUACCCGGAGAGAACUCACUGCUUUCGUUUUUAGUGCCGAAACUCAUCGGUCGCUGUGAUCAAAGUGAGAAGAAAGAAACAAAACAAGGGAGUAUGCGCGAAUAUGUGCCGUCCAGGACUAAAUGGCUCCACACGGAGGAUGUUUUGCUCGCGCAUGGCUUACUAACAUUUGGAUGCUGCUCGGAUGAUACUUGCCAAGAUAUCAGAACCGCAAAACAACGUGACUUCAUGGUGGAGCGUUUUAUUGACGUGCAACGGCGUUUUUUACCGGCGAAAACAGUCAGAGCAAUCAACGACCGACUCAUACAACUUUUAGGCGAGUCGGACUUAGAGGAUAUGAAAGAUACGCUGUGGCAUGCAAACAGAAUAAUCAGAAACAUCAGGCAACGACAGGAUACGUUUCUAUCUCGUGAAGAUAUUUUGUUGAUUUCGGAUGUUCUCGAGUCUGUAAAAGGCUUGGACGCGAAGUAUUUGGACAGAUAUCUCCUCUGGAGAGAUAUUGCGCUAAAGUUAGAAACAAAGUUUACGAAAAAGACGGAGUACGACAGCAAAGAUUUACUGUUGUAUAUUCCAGGCUUGCUGAGUGAUCAGUACGAACGCAUGAAAUGGAGCAUAUUGAGAAGAGGAGAUGAACCAGCGAAAAGAAUAUCAGCCUCCGAAGUAAAUCCGAGAGCGGUGGUCCAUCGGCCGAACAAGAAGAGAAGGAAAGCACGGAGUAGUCGGCAAAAGAUGCAAGAGCAAAAUCCAAAUCUUCAAGAACACGUCGUCGUUUUGGAAGAGUUGCAGUAUUCAGAAUCGGACGAAUCGGAUGAGGAUUUUGAUGAAGGUGAAGCUGAAGAGUUGGAAUACUCUGAUUCCAGCGAACUCGAAGAUGAGGGUGAACUUUUGUAA